AUGUCGAAGAAAAACAAGAAACAGCAAAACGUCAUCAUCGACAAUGUCAACGUGGCCGAGCUCGAACAUACAGCUUUGAUGAAGUUCACUCAGAAGUUGUACGACGAACUGUUAAAAGAACGGCAGAACAGGUCGACUUAUCAAAUUGAAAGGGAUCAAAUGCGAAUUUUUUGGGAAAUCACAAAACAAAAUUUAACGACUCUCAUGGCCGACAUGGUGGCUACACAAAACGAAGCGGGAGACAACGCGCAACGUGUGGAACAAGUGAAAAAACGAGCCCGGCAACAACGACUUCAGCUGGUCUACGAGCAAAACCUCGAACUGAAACAAGUAAAGUCGCAGAAUUCAAACGUUUUGAAAAGCAUAGCUGCGGAAUGUGACCGACAAAUUACGGAGUUGUUCAACGUGAACUCGUCGCUGAAGCAGACCAUUCUGCACAACGCUCUGGACCAUACCAAUCAGAUAAAAAACAUCAAAGUUGCCCAUGUCCAAGAGCUGGACGCGAAAGCCGAGGUGAUGCAAAAUCAGAUGUCUCAGAUAAUGGAACGAAUCGAGAAAAAACGGCAGACGGUCGUCGAAGGUGUUCUGAAAAAACACGAAUUGGGCGUGGCGCUGAUCGAGAACGCUAAGGAACGACAAGUGAAGAUGUUGUUGGAGAAACACAAAAACGAAUUUGACGACAUGCACAGUUACUAUCAAGAGCUACUGGUCAGCACCCAAACGUUGGUGAGCGUACUCAAGGAAAAAUUAGAAAUGCUCAGCAUAAAAACUUCGUCCACCGACAAGUACGUGUCGUCUCUAGAAAGAGAAAAUCAACACUUUAAAGGUCUAUUGGAAAAAGCCAACGGCGACAUAAUUCGUUUGGAACAAAAAAUGAUUCAUUUUAAAAAAAACAAAAAAAGUCUGGAGUACAAUAAGAAGGAACUGAAGAAAUGCAUGGAACGUUACGAAAACCUGAUGGUCGAAAACGGUGCAUUGGAGAUCAGAUACGACCAAAAAGCCGAAGUUUACCGUUCAUUAAAAGACAAUUUUUUACAAAGGGUACUGCAAUGUCAGAGUGAGUCGAAUUUUGGAAAAACAUUAUUGGAAAAGCAGAUUGUCAAGCUCGACAAUACGGUCGCAGCGUCGGAAUGA